AUGCCGGGAGCCGGCCAUGCGGACCACCAUGUGCCCAGGCAGUUAUGGAAUCGCCCUGCGAUCCGGACGUCGACUGCACCGACGACGACGUCCCAAGUCGCACGUUGCACGCCUAUCACCCUCGACUUUCCCGGCGUCAUCAUCCUCGAUCCCACUUCAACUAUAACCCUCCCCGCACAAGCCGUCUUCACACCAGAAUGCACCAACAUAUUCGAGCAAGGGAGACAUGACCCCUCUAUCGUCGCCGAUAAACAGAAACCGCCGUUCUAUGCCUCCACCGCGCCACAGGUAUAUGCAACUGGCGCGGCUACCGUGAUCGCAUGGAUGCUGGUCGUCAUGCUGUUGAUCACACCACGGACAUUCUUCGUUGGCGGUUCGGGUGGUAGAUCAGGGCUGAUGGGAAGACGAGGCAUGAUAAGUGGAGCAACCGGCGGCGCCUCUGUCAUUGGAGUGGGAUCACGACCAUGGCUUCAGAAAAUAGCGGCUCUAACGGUAGCCAUCUCCAUGACGAUCGCCACUGCCGACACAUUCCGGGUUGCCGGGCGACAGUAUUAUGCGGGCGUUAUGAACGCUUCUGAACUUCGUAGAAUGGUCGUCGCUGGCUUGGAGCUUUCCAUCUCUAGGAUCAUCUCCGACGUAUUCUUAUGGCUCGCGCAAGUGCAGACCCUGAUCAGGCUUUUCCCGCGCCACAAAGAAAAGGUCAUUAUCAAAUGGGUUGGAUUCGCUCUCAUAGUUCUGGACAUGUCCUUUAGCUGUGUCAACAUAUUCGUCGCUGAUCCUGUCAAUGGCCGCCCUCGGCGUUUCGUGGAUGCCAUACCUGCAUUGAGCUACCUCUUUCAACUCGCUCUGAGUAUGCUCUAUGCUGCUUGGGUGAUCUAUUAUGUCAUCAGUAAGCGGAGGUACGCGUUUUAUCACUCCAUGAUGUGGAACAUCUCCGUCGUUGCUCUUUUGUCUAUCAUUGCUAUCCUUACUCCGAUUGUCUUCUUCAUCACUGAUAUUUCCAAUAACGAUGUUGCUGGCUGGGGCGACUACUUCCGCUGGGUCGGCGCCGCAGCUGCAAGUGUUGUUGUCUGGGAGUGGGUGGAGCGUAUCGAGGCGCUGGAGAGGGAAGAGAAGAAGGAUGGUAUUUUGGGACGAGAGAUCUUUGACGGAGAUGAGAUGCUUGAAGUCACGACGUCCGGAGAAGUCGUGUGGCCACGCAAACGUCGUACUGGUGGUAGGAAACCUGACGACGAUGAGGACGGAGGAGGGGGCUUUGCCUCUAGGCCUGUGGGGCGGGGGAUCAGUGGCAUGGCUCAUCGAUUGGGAGCCGUGGGCCGCUCGCGCUUUCGUCCAGCGAAUUCCUUCAGGCCUCUCAUACCUCUUGGCAGAGCUCACUCGGCCACAACGGACCGAAGGAACGGCAUUGGCAGCACACCAGGACAAGAAGACGUCACUACAAGUCCACGUAUACCGACACCUCCACCGGCCGUUUCCACACCUGUUAAUAGAGCGGACAAUGCGAGCGUUGUCAGCACGGUUUACGCCGUGCGAUACCACACUGCCGAUGGCCACCCUCGGGGCUUCCCCAGGCGGUCAUUGGACGAUGCUGAGGCUUCUGGCAGUGCGACAGUUCCCUUGCCAGAACAGGGGGCUCAAGACGAUGACACAGAGAUGACCAACCCGAACGACAGCAACAGUGCCGAUGUAGAUGGCCGGGGCUCACAAGCGGAGAUGCCGGUCAACACUGGAAGGGGCAGGCCCCGGUGGCAGGCCGUGCCUAACCCUUUCAAGAGGAAGCGGUACUCACCGCCACCAGAAGUCCGCAAUGCUAGUGUUCUCGGGUCUCAAGCGUCACUGCAGGUAUCUUCCAAGCAGCAGCCUGUCCACAGUUAUCCACGCUGGGAUCUGAAAUCAAAACUGGGAGCCUUCGCCGCUGAGCAAGGGGAACGAUUUCAUGAAAGGUCGAGUAACAGGCGUGCUAGUGUCGAUCUUCCUGUCACCUUCAUACCCGCUCAGCCACGCGGACGGGCAUGGAGCCCGGAAACCAUGCGUACCCCAUCGUCGCUCAACAGGGUAGUUGAUGACCCUUCUGGUGGAUCUUCAGCCACCGCGUCUUCUGGAAGUCCGAAAUCAGCGGACACAACGUCUCGCGCGGCUACAUUGUUCGACAGCCAGCGCGGCAGAAUCAUAAAAUAUGCGGACCAAGAAUCACCGACAGUUUUACGUGUUACUGGCUCCUCGCAGGGAACUUCUGCAACGACCACCAGUAGUGCAGCAGCAGUAGACAUAGUACCAGCACCAGCACCAGCGACGAAGGUGCCGCUAAACCAGGACGGUGCUCCACCUCAAAGUGGAUCUGACGCACUUUCCCAAGAGAAAACCCAAAACAGUAGCGACGCACCUGGUGGACAGUCUAUGCCAGAUUCCUCAUCGGUAUCUGCUGCCGACAGGCGGACGCAUGAUCCAGGCAUCGGGUCAUCACAUUUACCACAGGAGAGCGGUUCUACGUGA